AUGAAGGGAGCUGGUAACGCCACGCGUCCGUCAAGCGACAGCCCUGGGUGGAGUGCGGGCCUCCGCACUGCUCACCAGCUCGGUCGCCGAGUCGCAAACCGUUCCACCACCGCCGCUGCCACCGCCGCCUCCGCCGCCUCCUCCACCUCCGCCUCCUCCGCCACCUCCGCUGCCUCUGCUCUCUCCGCCACCUCCACCGCCUCUGCCUCCUCCACUGCUGCCGCCGCCGCCACCCCCGCCACCACUCCCACCACCACCCCCACUCCCUUCACUGCCUCCACCCCCACCUGCCCCGCCUCUUCCAGCCCCUCCAGCGCCCUUGCCCCCCUUGCCCUUGCCAGAGCAGCGUCUCCCGCUCGGGGCAGACGCAGCGCCGGCCGACUCGAGACCAACAAGGUCGGCCGUAGCAGCAGAGGCAAUAGAGGGCAAGAGGGGGGAGGGAGAACACCCCUCAAAGAAGGGGUUAUGAGGGUCACCAUGAGAGGCUCCUACAGCGACUAUGCUCUUCUCUAUCGCUAG